CUUACGUCUACUUACUUUCGCAUCCCUAUAACUUAUACGGAGUCGUACUCCGUUUAUCGACAUGCAGCAACACAGCCAUCCGUUACUGACGCAGUUUACUCCUGUGUAGUAUCAGCGUCAUGUACAACGAUACAAAACAACCACAAAACGCUUUCAUCGCGCCAACAGCGCACUCCCGCCAGCGGCUCCCUUGGCGGCGCAUUCUCUUGAGCGCUUUCGGUCUCUACGCUCUCUAUUGCUUCGCCCACGGCUCACCACUCCUCGCGUCGCCCCUGCCCUCCUAUACCGGCCCUCAUGGCGUCGGUGCUAUCGAUCUCGAAGUCCCUUUGAAUGGCGGGUCUCGACGCGUCGCCGAUGCUGUCCACAAGACCACCGGACAACCGGUGUUUGAAGUCGAGACCCUGCUGGCCACAGUUUAUUAUCCGACCGACCGUGACUUCCGCUCCCACAAGCCCCGAUAUCGCUGGAUACCGCGUCCCAUCAGCCUCACGGCGCAAGGCUACGCCCGUCUUGCCAGUCUAGACAACUGCAUCACUCGACCCAUUUUCACCCUGGUCCUGUGGGCUGUGGGCGGCGCCGUAACCAUCCCCGCUGAGGUGGACGCUCCGCUGCUCCGCCCGGGGAACGGCCACGAUUCUUUCCCCGUCACUGUCUUCUCCCACGGCGAUGUCAGCUCGCGCACCGACUACACCCAGUUCCUCGCAGAACUCGCCAGCCGCGGACAUGUCAUUGUCGCCAUGGAACAUCGCGAUGGUAGCGGGCCCGGAUCCAUCGUCAAGACCUCCGCCAGCUCCCCGGGUCGCCGUGUCCCUCCGCUCCGGCCCUCCGAUAUACAACACCCAGAUCCAGAUUCAGAGAUCGAGUUCGACCGGGAUGCCUUCAAACGCGCCCAGCUCGCCUUCCGCGACGCCGAAUUCCACGCUGCUGUUGAUCUCCUCCACGCCAUCAACAACGGCACCCCAAUCCUCAACACCCGCGACCCUGUCAGCACCCUCCCCUCGUGGACCGGCCGCCUCAAUACCACCCAUCUCACCCUUGCCGGCCACUCCUUUGGGGCUACGGGCGCCCUCCAAGCCCUCACCACCACACUCUCCAGCGCCCCGGUUGCAGGCUGGAUCCUCGAUCCCGGCAAGUCCAGCGGUCCCCUCAACCCCAACGCCACGGUACCCAUCCUCGUCGUGCACUCCAACUCGUGGUCUCGCACCGUUAGCCCCUUCUACCAACGCCCGCACUUCGACACAGUCCGUGACCUCGUCAGCGCUAUUCCCGCCCCGUCCUGGUUCCUGACUAGCAUCGGUACCGCACAUCCCAGCGUCACUGACGCCCCGCUGAUUGAACCAUUGCUCCUCAGCUGGACGACCGGCACGACACUGGACGUGCAGGAAGCUCUCCGUGAAUAUGUUCGAGUUGUUGACGACUUCUUCCAUUUUGUGCGAGACGGCGGACAACGCGGUAUCCUGAGUGAGAAAGCAACCCACCAUCAGUACGAUGAAUGGGUCAGUGAGGAGCGAGAAAGGGAGUUCCCGCGGGAUUUGGCGAGACUGUGGCAGAUUCAUGUUACGCCGGCAAAUCAGACGAGGUUGAUGGAGUGCCCCGUGGAGCUGUAAAUAGGUCAUCUCAUGCGAUAUGUUGGAUGUAAAGUAUGUUCUGUUUGUACUUACCGAGCCUAAACGGUAUCGUUCAGUAUGGGAAUAAUGCGCCCAGCCCACAAGAUCGUUAUUAGCGGGAGAGAUACAGAUU